ACGUAGCACACGAGCAAGUUUAUUUAUAAGUAAAUCCUCCGCCUCAAGUCAGUUCUCAGCCCAUGAAUUAAUUAAUUCAUUCUUUGUCUGAGUUUAACUCGCAACGUCGCUUGUUCUCUUGAAUUACAAGUACCGUUCGACUCAAUUGAAUCCAUUCCUUUUUGGGAAAAGUGCCCAUCGCUGCCCGCCGAAGCCGUCAACCCACUUUAGUCUACUACUUUACUUGCCGCUGGCUUACUUUCAUACGUCGCUUCUUCUUUACAUCCAAACGACGGCUUUGAAGACGGGACUUUUUUCUUUCUUCUCUUUUGCAUCAUAGCACUCUUUUACUGCCGCCUUUCACUCGUUGGCGAUUGUAGAAUAAAGGCUUUGUCAUCUUUCGUUACACACAAUCUGACACCUACCCAUCGGCUCGUCGCUUGAGCUUCUUCAGCGACAAUGAAGUCUGCGAGCAGACUAUUCUAUCUUACUGUGUUUGCCCUCUGGGCUGCACCCGGUUCUUGCGAGAGCUCUAGUGAUGAAUGCCAUAUCUCACCCAAGUCAAUCGUUGGCGAUGCCUGCGCUUCGUAUGCGACUCUCGAUAAACUCAACACCCUGACCAAACCCGCCGUCGACGACCUCACCCACAACACCGACUUCUUCUCGCACUACCGAGUGAACCUGUUUCACAAGAAAUGCCCCUUCUGGAACGACGAGAAUGGCAUGUGCGGAAACAUUGGAUGCGCGGUUGAGACGCUGGACAACGAGGAGGAUAUCCCGGAGAUCUGGCGUGCGCACGCUCUUGGUAAACUCGAGGGUCCUCGUGCUAAGCAUCCGGGGAAGAAGGCGCAGCGCCAGCAUCCUCAGCGACCUCUUGGAGGUAGCCUUGGAGAGAAUGUCGGCGAGAGCUGCGUCUUUGAGUACGAUGAUGAGUGCGACGAGCGAGAUUACUGUGUUCCUGAGGACGAGAGCGCGAGCUCAAAGGGUGACUACGUGAGCUUGGUUCGAAACCCGGAGCGAUUCACUGGAUAUGCGGGCGAUGGGGCCAAGCAGGUCUGGGACGCCGUUUACCGAGAGAAUUGUUUCCAGAAGAGCUCGUUCCCCAAGUCUGCUGAUCUCGGCCAGUCUGGAUGGAACCGCGGUCCCGCUGCCCAAGAUUUCAAGCAGAUCCUUGAUGCGGCGGGUCGUCAGGCCCAGCUUCAGGAGCGUCGCCAGGAGAACCCCAAUACUCCGUUUGUCGCAAACACUGGCUUUGAGGUUGACGAUGAGUGUCUUGAGAAGCGAGUGUUCUACCGUGUCAUGUCCGGUAUGCACGCCAGCAUCAGCACUCAUCUCUGCUGGAACUUCUUGAACCAGACUACUGGCGAGUGGAGCCCUAACCUGUCCUGCUACGAACAUCGUCUGCAUAAAUUCCCUGACCGUAUUGGAAAUGUUUACUUCAACUAUGCGCUCAUGACCCGUGCUAUCGCCAAGGUUGGACCUUAUCUCCAGAAGAAGGAUUACAAGUUCUGUAUGGGAGAUGCUUCUGAGGAUGCUGCCACUCGCGCCAAGGUCCUUGAGGUCACCGAGAAAGCUGCCAGUGUCCCUCAAAUAUUCGACGAGAGCCUGAUGUUUGUCAACGGUGAAGGACCAUCUCUGAAGGAGGACUUCCGCAACCGUUUCCGCAACGUCAGCCGUCUCAUGGACUGUGUUGGCUGCGACAAGUGCCGUCUCUGGGGCAAGCUCCAAACCGCUGGUUACGGCACCGCUCUCAAGAUUCUUUUUGAGCUGGAUAACAAUAGCGACGAUGUUCCUUACCUCUCACGCACCGAGCUGGUCGCUCUCUUCAACACCUACGCUCGCAUCAGCAGCUCUCUCUACAACAUUGGGCAGUUCCAGCAGAUGAUGGAGGAGAAGGUCUUUGCGGAGAAGGAGCAGGAGGGUCUUGAGGACCUCAACAAGAACGACAAGCUCAACAAGAAGUUUGAGAAGGAGGCUGAGGAGAACCCCCAGAUGGACGACGCUGUUAGGGAGUUUAUCGAGCUGCGACAGAGGGGUCCCAAGGACGACAGCACGAUGGCUCACGUUGCGUUCGAGUUUGCUCAAUUCAAGGCUGCUAUCAAGAUCAUUAUUAAAGGAUGGAUGCGCACGCCCAAGGCACUGUGGCGUGUUUUCACAUCGGAAGUCUCGCGUCUUUACAGAGUUUGGGUCGGUCUUCCUGUCGGUCCAAGAUGGUGGUCGAUGCGACUGCCUAACCUUAACGUGCCUCGGGAUGAGCUAUGAGAUGUUACUGUGUCAGCGGUUGUUUUUUUCUUGCAUGUAUAAAAUCAGAUUGCAUUUUUGAGCGUUUGCUUUGCUCUGGGCAUUUCGGUUGGCGUUGAUGAGGGUUUUUAGCUAUAAAUAGCGAAGAGAUUGAGUUCGUACUGA